GGGGGCGGAGACUGGAGUUUGUGUCUGGGGUCCGCGGCCGCACCUGGAGGCUGAGUCUGCGCGCGCCCAGGGUGACCCUGUUUGCUGCAGGAAUGUCAGACGAUGAGGUGGCUCAGGCCCCCACACCCAGUUUGUGGCAGCAGGACCCUCAGGACCAGCAGAGCGUGGUGCAGCGUGUGGUGGCCCUGCCCCUGGUCAGGGCCACGUGCACAGCAGUCUUCGAUGCUUACAGUGCUGCCAAGGACAGGUACCCGCUGCUGGGCUCCGCCUGCCGCCUGGCUGAGCUCUGCGUGUGUGGCCUGACCACCCGUGCACUGGACCACGCCCAGCCACUGCUCAGCCGCCUGCGGCCCCAGCUGGCCACUGUGAACCAUCUGGCCUGCAGGGGCCUGGACAAGCUGGAGGAGAAGCUGCCCUUUCUUCAGCAACCCUCGGAGACGGUACCAGCGUGGGCACCGCCAGACCACAGGGGCCUGCAGGUGGUGACCUCAGCCAAGGACGCGGUGGCCAGCGGCAUGACAGGCAUGGCAGGCCUGGCUCGGCAAGGCCGCCGCUGGAGUGUGGAGCUGAAACGCUCCAUGAGCCACGCUGUGGACGUCGUGCUGGGCAAGUCAGAGGAGCUGGUGGACCACUUCCUGCCCAUGACUGAGGAGGAGCUUGCGGCGCUGGCGGCUGAGGCCGAGGGUCCAGACGUGGGCUCCGUGGAGGAGCAGAGGAGACAUCAGGGUUACUUUGUGCGCCUGGGCUCCCUGUCAGCGCGACUCCGCCACCUGGCGUAUGAGCACUCUCUGGGGAAACUGAGGCAGAAGAAACAUCAUGCGCAGGACACACUGGCUCAGCUUCAGGAGACGCUGGAGCUGAUCAACCUUAUGCAGUGCGGGGUGAGCCCCACCGCGCCAGCUCGCCCUGGGAAGGUGCAUGAGCUGUGGGAGGACUGGCACCAGUGGCCCCGGGAGAACGGCCGCCGCCGCAGCCAGGCCGAGUUGGAGACCCUGGUGCUGUCCCGCAGUCUGAUGGGGGAGCUGCAGGGCACGGUGGACGCACUGGAGACCAGUGUGCGGGGCCUGCCCCUCGGCGCCCAGGAGAAGGUGGCCGAGGUGCGGCGCAGCGUGGACGCCCUGCAGGCCGCCUUCGCUGACGCCCGCUGCUUCGGGGACGUGUCAGCAGCCGUGCUGGCCGAGGGGCGAGGCAGCAUGGCCCGGGCCCACGCCUGCGUGGACGAGCUGCUGGAGCUGGUGCUGCAGGCCGUGCCGCUGCCCUGGCUGGUGGGGCCCUUCGCGCCCAUCCUCGUGGAGCGGGCCGCGCCCCCGCCGGACCUGGAGACCCUGGUGGACGAGGUCGUGGGGGGGCCCGAUCCCCGCUGGGCACACCUGGACUGGCCGGCCCAGCAGAGAGCUUGGCAGGCCCAGCACGGGGACAGGCUGGGCCUCCCAGGGGACAUUCCCGAGGAGGAGCCCAAGCCCCCUAGCCACCCCAAGCACACCCUGAUGCCAGAGCUGGACUUCUGACCAGACGAGGCCGUGGGGCAGCGGAGGCGGGGAGCCGAGUCCGCCCUGCACCCCAUUGUCCCUGCUGCCCCCUAGUGGCCAUGCAUAAGCACUAACAGCAGGGGCCUUGGCGCUCUGGUGGGGCGGAAUUCAGAAUCCUAGACCAGCUUCGCUGACAUCAGACCCUCCCCAGUCUUCCUUGGAGAUCCGGGUGCUUGAACUCAACUCAGGUCCGGCCAGGUCCAAGCUGGGUUCAUCUGUCGUUGAUCCUGUUUGCCCACCCCAAGGAGCUGAUCAAAACUCCCCAGAGAAGCACACAUUUUGCCCAAUAUUUGGGGCUUUGAAAAGUGAGUGCCUCCCGUUCCCCCAGCUUGUACAUCUGAGGGGGUCCCCAGAGAUGCCCGGCUGGACCUGCCAGACCCACUUGCUUUGCCGCUUGGGUUUGCUUUCCAGAAUAAAGGUGCUUUGUGUCGUCUCAA